CGAGAGAGCGGUCGCAUUUGAAACUUUACUCGUCUGUUCGUAUAUUAUUUUUUUUUGUGAAAGUGAAAGAAAAAAAUUUCUCAAAAAAAAAAAAAAAUAAAAAUAAUCAUCAAUCAAUCGAUUGACUACAAAUUAUAAUCAAAAUCUCUGAAUAAAUUAAUUUGUCUCAAAAAAACAAAACAAAAAGAAAAAAAAAAAAACCCUGUGAAUCGAUAAAAAGUUAUAUCAUUCUACUCUUUUGCUCUACUCCUUGCUCCUGCCUACUGCAGUCUGUUCACAGUCUCCAAAACAGUGAAUAAAACAUAAAAAAAAAAAAAAUAUAGAAAUUGAAUUCGCCCAACUCCCCAAAAAUAUAAAACCAACUAUCUCUCGCCCUCGUCGCCGCGUGACUCUUAACUUCCCCCGGAUCGAGGUUUUUCUCAAAAUAGGUAUAAUAUUCCUCUUUUCUGCUCGCUUCUCCUGUUUUUUUUUUUUGGCUUAAUCGAUACAUGAAUUUUCCAGUUAUCAUCAUCAUCAGCAAGCACGACGACGACAAACCGACCGACUAUCUCAAUCAACGAUAACUUGAACGACGAGGUUUUUUUGGAAUUAAAAGAAGAAAAAAAAAGUGAAAAAAGUGUGUUGGAUUUAAGCUUUGGCUGUCGAAACAAAAUCGCUCGCCGUCACUCUGCCAGUUGUUGUUGCGUCUCCUUGUGUCUCUUCUCUCUUACCUGAGUUUUUCAUUUUUUUUUAAUUUUCCGUGUUGGAGAAGAAGUUGGACGACAGGACAGACACAGUCUCCCCUUUUGUCGCUCGUUUGUCGUAAAAAGGUGCCCCCCUCAAAGUGCGUUUUUGUUCCUAGUGUGUCGCACAAAAAUCGCCGCACAAAUACAAAUUGCAUCUCGACUUGAAUUGUGUACAAGCUCCGUGCUGCAACUGCUUAUAGCAAGUUUCCUAGUUUGGUUCGAUAUUCCGAAUUGAGACUCGGUUCGGCUUUUUUAAAUUUAUUUGAUUGAAAGGUACACUUUUGGUUUGUCUCCUCUGGAAGUUGUGUGUGCUGUUGUUUCUGUUGAUUGAUUAGAAAGAAACUUGAAAGUUCCCGAAAAAAUCUAAAUCUUUGGAGAGAAAAACACACAAAAAAAGAAUUAUAUACAAAAUGUCUGUGACACAAAAGCAAAGAAUUCAAGUACCAGAUGCUUUGAGAGAAGUUCUAUUAGAAUUCUCUAUAGCAUAUCUUAUAGAACAGCCAGGCGAUGUUGUCAACUAUGCUGUGGAAUAUUUUACUAAAUUGCAAGAAAGUCGAAAUUCUGGAGCAGCUUUAUUAUUAAAACAAUCUGAUCUUCCAUCGCCGGAUGAAAGUGUUAUGUCCCAAGAUGAAGAACCCGUUGUACAAAGAUUUUCUGGAAGACGCAAAUCUGUAUUCGCCGAAGCGUAUGAUCCUGAAAAUGAUGCAGAUGAAGAUGAAGGUGCCACCGCUAUUUUCCCAAAAACAGAUGAACAGCGAUCACGAUUGAUCGAUGCCGUUAAAAAUAUUUUAUUAUUCCGUUCGUUAGAUAAAGAACAAAUGAACCAAGUGCUGGACGCUAUGUUUGAGAAGAGAGUUCUACCUGAAGAAUACAUUAUUCGACAAGGAAAUGAUGGCGAUAACUUUUAUGUAAUUGAAUCUGGGGUGUAUAAUGUUUUCGUCAACGAUAAACUUAUCCAUAGCUAUAAUAGCAAUGGAAGCUUUGGUGAAUUGGCGCUCUUGUACAAUAUGCCCAGAGCUGCUUCCAUACAAGCAGAAACAGAAGGACGACUAUGGGCAAUGGACCGUCAAACGUUCCGUCGUAUCCUGCUGAAAUCCGCAUUUAAAAAGCGAAAAAUGUAUGAAACACUGCUGGACAGUGUUCCAAUGUUAAAGGCACUACAGAGUUACGAACGAAUGAACUUAGCUGACGCUCUUAUCACAAAGCAUUAUAAAAAGGACGAAAGAGUUAUUAAACAGGGUGAUGUUGCUGACGGCAUGUACUUCAUCGAAUUGGGCAAAGUUUCUGUGCGAAUAGAACAAGAUGGCGGUGAAGUUGAAAUAUCUCAACUAAGCAAAGGUCAAUACUUUGGCGAAUUGGCUUUGGUUACACAUCGACCCAGGGCAGCAUCUGUUUAUGCUAUCGAUGACAUCAAAGUUGCAUUCUUGGAUGUGGAUGCAUUUGAGCGUCUAUUAGGACCAUGCAUGGAGAUCAUGAAACGUAGCAUUGAUGACUACGAAACACAGCUGAUUAAAAUAUUCGGCAGUAAAAAUAAUAUCACUGACACACGAUAAAUAUCCAAUUAAGAAAAAAAAUAAAAAAAAAAAAAAAAUAAAAAUCAUAUUUCGAUGAUAAGUCUGAAGAAUAAAUAGUAAAACAAAAAAAUAUAUUAAAAAAAAAAAAUAAACACACGCAAACACCUAAAACAAAACAGUAUGAUUCUUAAACAAAAAAAAAAUUACAUUUCACAUCUAUAAUAUAUAUUUUUAUUAAGCGUAAGUUAAAACAAAACAAAAAAGUAUUUAAUGUAAUAAUCGCGCAAAAAAAAAACCAACAACAACAAUUAGGAACCGUUCCGAAUUCUUAUAUAGAAGAAACAACAAAAAAAUUAAACAAAAUCUAUUCACUUAUUCACGCAUAAAAUAGAAGAAAAAAAAUUAUAUUGACACACACACA